AUGAGAGAAUACACACAGGGGAGGACCACUGCUCCCUGUUUCAAACAGUCGGGGGAUCUGAAAAAGCAUGAGAGAAUACACACAGGGGAGAAGCCUUACCACUGCUCCCAGUGUGGGAAGAGUUUCAACGGGUCAGGGGAUCUAAAAAGACAUGAGAGAAUACACACAGGGGAGAAGCCUUACCACUGCUCCCAGUGUGGAAAGUGUUUCUACCAGUCAGAGGAGCUGAAACAGCAUGAGAGAUUUCACACAGGGGAGAAGCCUUACCGCUGCUCCCAGUGUGGAAAGAUGUUUAACCAGAAAGGACACCUGAAAGCCCAUGAGAGAAUACACACAGGGGAGAAGCCUUAUCACUGCUCCCAGUGUGGCAAGUGUUUUAACCAGUUUGGGAGCCUGAAACAACAUGAGAGAAUACACACAGGGGAGAAGCCUUUCCACUGCUCCCAGUGUGGAAGGAGUUUUAACCGGAAAAACAGACUGAACCAACACGAGAAAAUACACAGAGGGGAGAUGCAUUACCACUCCUCCCAGGGUGCAAAUCUUUUGCCAAUUUAG